GGGUUCCGGUGUUGUUGAAGUGUUUGGUACGUGGGGAAUGUUCCGCAAAGCAGGAAGACACAAACAGUGUUUGGUUUCGGUUUGGAUCGCGGGGAGCUGUCGUUGUACCUCUCUUUCUGACAAGUGUUUAACUUCUAGUGAGCAGACGGUCUGAAGCUGAAGUCAUGGGAACGCUCGUGUGGUUGGUCGUCGGUGCGCUUUGUCUCGCCGGUGUGUCGGUAGCCAAAGACUCUCCACCCAAGGUCCAGGUAUACACUCGUGCACCGGGAGACUUCGGGAAACCCAACACCUUCAUCUGUCAUGUGAGUGGUUUCCACCCGCCAGAAAUCUCCAUUGAGCUUCUCAGAAACGGAGUGAAGAUAGCCAAGACGAAUCAGACCGACCUGGCCUUCGAUGAGCACUGGCACUACCACCUGACCAAGCAUGCAGCUUUCACUCCCUACAAAGGAGAGGAGUUCGCCUGUAGGGUGACCCACAUGGGGACGACUAAGAUGUUCAUCUGGGAUCCAGAUAUGUAGCUUCUGCAAUAUGUCUUCCCCAGGUGUCCUCAGUGGGAUGGAGAAGACCAGAAUGAGUCUUAAUCAUCUGCAAUGUUGGGUUUCACUGCAAAAGCUUCAACCAUAUUGAAAAGAAAGGACUGUACUUUGAUCAGCUGUGUCUUAUGUAUGAGAACAUCCACAUCACAGUAAAGCUUCAUAAAGUGUUUGUGGGGAUUUUGUUCUAGUUAUGUGACAGAACGACUGUAGCCACGAGCACUUGCUUAUUCUGCUUCCAAAGUAGUGGAUGCAAGAUUGUGUGAUUUAUUAAAUGUAUUGUAUACAUUAUGGUUGAGAAAUAAAUUUGUAAUCAAAUGUAA